AGUGCGCAUGCUCUGUGUGACUCGGCGUGAGGACAGUCCUCGUCAUCCAGUUGUAAGAAAGCAAUCGCUGGUUUGUAGGGAGACGUGAGAUAUGGGACGACGUCCUGCUCGAUGCUAUCGGUACUGUAAAGACAAACCUUAUCCAAAGUCUCGGUUCUGUCGAGGUGUUCCAGAUCCGAAGAUCAGAAUCUACGACUUGGGAAGGAAGAAAGCUCAUGUUGACGAGUUCCCGUUGUGUGUGCAUCUUGUUUCUGAUGAGUUUGAACAGCUGUCAAGUGAGGCUCUAGAAGCAGGUCGCAUUUGUGCGAAUAAGUACAUGGUCAAGCAUUGUGGCAAGGACGCAUUUCACAUUCGUAUCAGACUUCAUCCUUUUCAUGUGUUGCGCAUCAAUAAGAUGUUGUCGUGCGCUGGAGCUGAUAGGCUUCAGACUGGGAUGAGAGGUGCUUUUGGAAAGCCUUGUGGCACUGUGGCUCGUGUCCACAUAGGUCAGCCUAUUAUCUCUGUUCGUACUAAGAUGAACAAUGAAAAUAGUGCAAAGGAAGCUCUUCGAAGAGCAAAGUUUAAGUUUCCGGGACGCCAAAAGAUAUUUGUGUCCAAGAAGUGGGGCUUUACAAAGUGGGAUCGCAAUGUUUAUGAGCAAAUGCGUGCUGAUGGAGAACUCAUCCCAGAUGGCGUUGGAGUGCAACAUGAUCGAAAUCGAGGUCCAUUUGCUCAGUGGAUUAAACAACAAUAGGACUGAAUGAUACUGUUGCUGCAUGUUCCUUGAAUUUUUGAUUAAAGUUGAAGAAUCAUGUGGUUACAGUCUCA